GACGCGCUCCGGACGCGGCGGCCCCCGGGAGGCCGGGCCCAGCGAUUAUACAUCAUUAAUGCAGAUGUUGCUAUGUUUUCAUUGCCAUGACUGAAAAACAGGGAAAUAGCAUUAAUUGAAGUAAAGAAUAAAUUUACCCCAAGGCAUCUAAUUAAAAUUCUGGGAAAAAGGAGGUCUUGAAAUACUGUUUAGCAAACAAGAAUCAAGAAAACAUGGGAUUAUGGCAAUCACAGAGUCUCAGUAAUACAAGUUCCAUUCAUUUUUUUCUGAAAGAGAGCUGUCUGUUAAAGUGAAGCAAAAGGGACUUAUUGUGGAUUACAAUAUUUUGACGAUUUGGAUUUUCAGUCAUAUGAAAAUAAAGCAUCAUUUUUAACCUUUUAGAUGAAAAAGCUUAAGACCUCAUACAACUGCUGUAUAUUUUGGAAGCCAUUCUCCUAAACAGAAGUGCACAUUGAAACACAGACAUGAUGUUCCUUUCUGCAGGGAUUUAAGUCUGAUUUCUUUUACAUCAUGACAAGCUUGAAACGAUCACAGACAGAAAGGCCUGUUGCCACUGAUAGGACCUCUGUUGUUGGCACGGAUGGCCCUCCCAAGGUCCACACGGAUGAUUUCUACAUGCGCCGCUUCCGGUCCCAAAAUGGCAGCUUAGGAUCAUCAGUCAUGGCUCCCGUAGGGCCCCCACGAAGUGAAGGUUCUCAUCAUAUAACCUCCACUCCUGGAGUCCCAAAGAUGGGGGUUCGAGCAAGGAUUGCAGAUUGGCCUCCAAGAAAGGAAAACAUAAAAGAGUCUAACCGUUCAAGCCAGGAAAUAGAAACCUCAAGUUGCCUUGAGAGCAUGUCCUCCAAAAGCAGUCCUGUGAGUCAGGGAAGUUCUGUUAGCCUCAAUUCUAAUGACUCAGCCAUGCUAAAGAGCAUACAGAACACACUGAAAAACAAGACCAGACCAUCGGAGAACAUGGACUCCAGAUUCCUCAUGCCCGAAGCCUAUCCCAGUUCCCCUAGGAAAGCCCUUCGCAGAAUACGGCAGAGGAGCAACAGCGAUAUCACCAUAAGUGAACUUGACGUGGAUAGCUUUGAUGAAUGUAUUUCCCCCACAUACAAGACUGGGCCAUCACUGCACAGAGAAUAUGGUAGCACAUCUUCCAUUGAUAAGCAGGGAACGUCUGGAGAAAGCUUUUUUGAUUUGUUAAAGGGCUACAAAGAUGACAAAUCUGAUCGUGGGCCAACUCCAACCAAGCUCAGUGACUUUCUUAUUGCUGGUGGGGGCAAGGGUUCUGGUUUCUCUUUGGAUGUUAUUGAUGGGCCCAUUUCACAGAGAGAGAAUCUCAGGCUUUUUAAGGAAAGGGAAAAACCACUCAAGCGACGGUCCAAGUCUGAAACUGGAGACUCAUCCAUUUUUCGUAAAUUACGCAAUGCCAAAGGUGAAGAACUUGGGAAAUCGUCGGACCUUGAAGACAACCGAUCAGAAGACUCUGUCAGGCCUUGGACUUGUCCAAAGUGCUUUGCACAUUAUGAUGUCCAGAGCAUAUUAUUUGAUUUGAAUGAGGCGAUUAUGAACCGGCACAACGUUAUUAAGAGGAGAAACACCACCACAGGAGCCUCGGCAGCUGCUGUGGCGUCCUUGGUCUCUGGACCUUUGUCCCAUUCGGCCAGUUUCAGCUCACCAAUGGGCAGCACAGAGGACCUGAAUUCCAAGGGAAGCCUUGGCAUGGACCAGGGAGAUGAUAAAAGCAAUGAACUUGUAAUGAGUUGUCCGUAUUUUCGGAAUGAGAUAGGUGGAGAAGGUGAAAGGAAAAUCAGCCUGUCAAAAUCAAAUUCUGGCUCGUUUAGUGGCUGUGAAAGUGCCUCCUUUGAGUCUACCCUCAGCUCCCAUUGCACAAAUGCGGGAGUGGCAGUACUUGAAGUCCCCAAGGAAAACUUGGUGUUGCAUCUAGAUAGAGUGAAAAGGUACAUUGUGGAGCAUGUGGAUCUCGGCGCUUACUAUUAUAGGAAAUUCUUCUACCAGAAGGAACACUGGAACUAUUUUGGGGCUGAUGAGAAUCUUGGUCCGGUGGCUGUAAGCAUUCGAAGGGAAAAACCAGAAGAAAUGAAAGAAAAUGGAUCUCCAUACAACUAUCGAAUAAUUUUUAGAACUAGUGAGCUCAUGACACUAAGGGGUUCUGUCCUGGAAGAUGCCAUUCCCUCCACAGCGAAGCAUUCAACAGCCAGAGGACUGCCUCUGAAAGAGGUUCUGGAACAUGUGAUCCCAGAGCUCAAUGUCCAGUGCCUGCGGCUGGCCUUCAACACACCCAAAGUCACGGAGCAGCUCAUGAAACUGGAUGAGCAAGGGCUGAACUAUCAGCAGAAAGUAGGCAUCAUGUACUGCAAAGCUGGCCAGAGUACUGAAGAAGAGAUGUACAACAAUGAAUCAGCAGGCCCAGCCUUUGAAGAAUUCCUUCAACUGUUGGGAGAAAGAGUUCGGCUAAAAGGAUUUGAGAAGUAUCGUGCACAACUUGAUACCAAAAUCUCGGUUCUCAAUCCAGUCUAUUAUUUCUUCCAGAUGACAGCCAGUAGUAAGUGGCUGAUUUUACUGCUCCUACGGAAGCGUCACAUUGGCAAUGACAUUGUAACAAUUGUUUUCCAAGAGCCCGGAGCACAGCCAUUUAGCCCCAAAAACAUCCGGUCUCACUUUCAGCAUGUUUUCGUUAUUGUCCGAGCUCACAACCCUUGCACGGACAGUGUCUGUUACAGUGUGGCAGUCACCAGGUCCAGAGAUGUGCCUUCCUUUGGACCUCCUAUCCCAAAAGGGGUCACAUUUCCCAAGUCAAAUGUGUUCAGGGACUUCCUUUUGGCCAAAGUGAUUAAUGCAGAGAAUGCUGCUCAUAAAUCAGAAAAGUUCCGGGCUAUGGCAACUCGGACUCGCCAGGAAUACCUGAAAGAUUUGGCAGAAAAGAAUGUCACCAACACCCCUAUUGACCCUUCUGGCAAAUUUCCGUUCAUCUCUCUGGCCUCUAAGAAGAAGGAAAAGUCUAAGCCAUAUCCAGGAGCUGAGCUCAGUAGCAUGGGGGCCAUUGUGUGGGCAGUCCGGGCCAAGGACUAUAACAAGGCUAUGGAAAUAGACUGUCUUCUCGGGAUCUCCAAUGAGUUCAUCGUCCUUAUUGAACAGGAAACAAAGAGUGUGGUUUUCAAUUGUUCCUGCAGAGAUGUGAUAGGGUGGACCUCAACUGACACCAGUGUCAAAAUCUUCUAUGAGCGAGGAGAGUGCGUGUCGGUAGAGAGUUUCAUUAGCAAUGAAGAUAUCAAAGAGAUUGUCAAACGGCUGCAGUUUGUUUCAAAAGGUUGUGAAUCAGUGGAAAUGACUCUUCGAAGAAAUGGUUUAGGACAGCUUGGCUUUCAUGUGAACUACGAGGGCAUUGUGGCAGAUGUAGAACCGUAUGGCUAUGCAUGGCAGGCAGGGCUGAGGCAGGGCAGCCGCCUGGUGGAGAUCUGCAAGGUGGCUGUGGCCACCCUGAGCCAUGAGCAGAUGAUUGAUCUCCUGAGGACAUCCGUCACAGUGAAAGUUGUCAUCAUUCCCCCCCAUGAUGACUGCACCCCACGAAGGAGUUGCUCGGAAACCUACCGCAUGCCAGUGAUGGAGUAUAAAAUGAAUGAUGGCGUUUCAUAUGAGUUCAAGUUUCCCUUCCGAAAUAAUAACAAAUGGCAGCGGAAUGCUAACAAAGGUCCUCAUUCACCUCAAGUCCCAUCCCAGGUACAGAGUCCCAUGACCUCCCGGAUGAAUACCGGGAAAGGUGAUGGGAAAAUGCCUCCUCCAGAAAGAGCAGCCAACAUUCCUCGAAGCAUCUCCAGCGACGGACGCCCACUAGAGAGGCGCCUGUCUCCGGGUUCGGACAUCUAUGUGACUGUCUCAUCCAUGGCUUUAGCAAGAUCUCAGUGUCGUAACUCCCCUAGCAACCUGUCUUCAUCCAGCGAGACAGGCUCUGGGGGCAGCACCUACAGACAGAAAUCCAUGCCUGAAGGGUUUGGAGUGAGUCGCAGAUCACCAGCUUCCAUGGACAGGCAGAACACCCAGUCAGACCUUGGGGGCAGUGGAAAAUCCACACCCAGCUGGCAAAGAAGUGAGGAUAGCAUUGCCGACCCAAUAGCUUACAGUUAUAGAGGACCUCAGGAUUUCAAUUCUUUUGUCCUCGAGCAGCAUGAAUAUACAGAACCUACAUGCCAUCUCCCAGCAGUAUCAAAGGUACUGCCAGCUUUCCGAGAGAGCCCCAGUGGGAGAUUAAUACGGCAGGAUCCAGUGGUCCAUUUGUCUCCAAACAAACAAGGGCAUGCUGAUAGCCACUACUCGAGCCACUCCAGUAGCAAUACCCUCUCCAGCAAUGCAUCGAGUGCCCACAGUGAUGAGAAGUGGUACGAUGGGGACCGCACAGAAUCUGAACUCAAUAGCUACAACUAUCUUCAGGGCACCUCUGCUGACAGUGGCAUCGACACCACCUCCUAUGGCCCCAGCCAUGGCAGCACAGCUUCCCUAGGGGCUGCCACCUCAUCACCCCGUUCAGGGCCAGGCAAGGAGAAAGUGCCCCCCCUGUGGCAUAGCUCCAGUGAAGUGCUCUCCAUGGCAGAACGGACUUUAGAGACAGAGAGCCACGGCAUGGACCGUAAAGCUGAGUCCUCGCUGAGCCUGGACAUCCACAGCAAGAGCCAAGGUGGCUCAAGCCCUCUGACAAGGGAGAACAGCACUUUCAGUAUAAAUGAUGCUGCUUCCCACACAAGUACCAUGAGCUCCCGGCACUCUGCCAGCCCAGUUGUUUUCUCCAGUGCCAGAAGUUCACCUAAAGAAGAACUUCAUCCUGCCGCCUCCUCACAGCUUGCACCUUCCUUCUCUUCCUCCUCCUCCUCUUCCUCUGGUCCUAGAACAUUCUACCCCCGUCAGGGAGCUACCAGCAAGUACCUGAUUGGAUGGAAAAAACCCGAAGGAACUAUUAACUCCGUGGGAUUUAUGGACACAAGAAAGCGUCAUCAGAGUGAUGGCAAUGAGAUAUCCCACACUAGGCUGCGUGCCUCAACCCGGGACCUCCGGGCAUCCCCCAAACCAACCUCCAAGUCCACCAUUGAAGAGGAUCUAAAAAAACUCAUCGACCUUGAAAGCCCAACUUCUGAAUCACAGAAGAAUUUUAAGUUCCAUGCACUGUCCUCCCCUCAGUCUCCUUUUCCCCCAACGCCUAUCUCGCGGCGAGCUUUGCACAGGACACUGUCAGACGAGAGCAUUUACAGCAGCCAGAGGGAGCACUUCUUCACCUCAAGGGCUUCAUUUCUGGACCAAGCGCUGCCCAAUGAUGUCCUUUUCAGCAGCACGUACCCAUCUCUCCCCAAGUCCCUGCCACUGCGGAGGCCGUCAUACACCUUAGGAAUGAAGUCAUUGCAUGGGGAGUUCUCGGCCUCAGACAGCUCCCUCACCGACAUCCAGGAGACACGAAGGCAGCCCAUGCCUGACCCUGGCUUGAUGCCCCUGCCUGACACUGCCGCAGAUUUGGACUGGUCCAACUUGGUAGAUGCUGCCAAAGCCUAUGAGGUCCAGAGAGCCUCAUUUUUUGCUGCUAGUGAUGAAAACCAUCGCCCCCUGAGUGCGGCGUCCAACAGUGACCAGCUUGAUGAACAGGCUCUGGUGCAGAUGAAGGCAUACAGCAGUAAGGAUUCCUCUCCCACUCUGGCUUCUAAAGUGGACCAGUUGGAAGGUAUGCUGAAGAUGCUUCGAGAAGAUCUGAAGAAGGAAAAAGAAGACAAAGCCCACCUUCAGGCUGAAGUGCAGCACUUGCGGGAGGACAACCUGAGGUUGCAGGAGGAGUCACAGAACGCCUCUGACAAGCUGAAGAAGUUCACAGAGUGGGUCUUCAAUACCAUAGAUAUGAGCUAGGGCUGCUGAGGGGAGAGGGGGUGGCGCGCCCUCUGGUGGUCUCCUGAAGCCCCUCGUUCAUGCCUUCGAAAGCAUUCUCAGAGCAUCUUCCCAGCUUCCCACUUUGCCCCCUUCUGGGGAGUGCACAACACAACUGCAGAUCCACAAUCAUUAUCUGCCUUUUGUAGAAAAGCAAAACAAAAAAGUAAAUAAAAAUUUUAAAAAGUAAAAUAAAAGUUUAACUGCU